AUGCAGCCCAAACAAGAUGAUUCAAGUGAUGUAACUUUGGUGUUGAAAGACGGCAAAGAGAUCAGGGCGACUAGAAGCCAACUUUCGGAAAGUGAUUUCUUUUCUACGCUUCUUAACAGCGACAUGAAGGAGAACAGAGAAGGAAUCAUUCGGUUGGAGCACAUCACUGAGACUGUUAUGAAGGAUGUCUUAAAAUUUAUGCGCUGUGGCUGUGUAAUUAUUACUCAGCAGAAUGCUGUAAACCUACUCGAGGCAGCGGAUUAUUUACUUCUUCCAAGCUUAAAGAAAUGCGUUGAGAGAUUCUUAGAGCGGGAAUUAACAACCUCGAACUGUGUUUCAACUUAUUAUUACGCCGAGAAAUACCAAUGUAAAGACCUCAUGGUCAUCUCAAGGAAUUUUUUCUUUCCAAACUUUGCCGCUGUGGCUCAAUCUCAAGAAUUUCUAAAUUUGGAAAGCGAACAAGUGGAGCGGUGGAUUUGCUCUGAUAGGAUAGGUGAUAGCACGUCAGAGGAUGAUGUUUUCAAGGUUAUACUUCAGUGGAUUGAGCAAAGUAAGAGUGAGAGGAAAGGGAAUUUCCAAGAGUUAUUUCGUCACGUGCGAUUGCCCUUUAUGUCGCGUGACUAUUUGCGCAGACAUGUCGUGACCAAUGAUCUGGUGAAAGAGAAUCCAAGCUGUUUGAAGCGGGUGAAGGGGGCUUUGAGA